CUCUAAGUCAAAUUCAAGGUGUGGUUCAAUAUAUGUUAUUUGAAUGAUAAGAAAAAAAGGGAAAAUACAAGUAAACUUUAACGUUUAGGCUCUUUAUAGUCAGGUGAUGGCGGGUAUAAGAAAGAAGUUAGUUAUAGUAGGUGAUGGUGCCUGUGGUAAAACAUGUUUACUUAUUGUAUUUAGUAAAGACCAAUUUCCAGAGGUUUAUGUACCCACAGUUUUUGAAAAUUAUGUUGCCGACAUUGAAGUUGAUAGUAAGCAGGUUGAAUUAGCAUUAUGGGAUACAGCAGGCCAAGAAGAUUAUGAUAGAUUACGACCACUUUCUUAUCCUGAUACUGAUGUUAUAUUAAUGUGUUUCUCCAUUGAUAGUCCAGAUAGUUUGGAAAAUAUCCCGGAAAAAUGGACCCCAGAGGUGAAGCACUUCUGCCCAAAUGUGCCUAUAAUAUUGGUCGGAAACAAAAAGGAUCUACGCAAUGACGAAAACACAAAAAGAGAAUUGAUGAAAUUGAAACAAGAACCUGUUCGACCCGAUGAAGGAAGAGCCAUGGCUGAGAAGAUCAAUGCGUAUUCUUACUUGGAAUGCUCUGCUAAAACAAAAGAAGGUGUCAGAGAAGUAUUUGAAACAGCCACUAAGGCAGCUUUGGCGGUAAGAAAGAAGAAAAAGGGUGGAUGUGUUGUAUUGUGAAAUAUACAAAACUGAUAUGGAGUAAAUGCUAUAUUUGUAUGUUGAUGUAGAUAAAAUUUCUACAAAAUAGGGUUGGGGACAAUAUUUCUGGUUGCAUAAUAUAUCUUCUACUACUGCUAACAAGAAAGUGUUAUUCCUCUUUUUUGUGCAAUUUCAAUUUAAAAAGAAAUAAUAAUAUAUUACUGUAUGUGUCGAUGUAGGACUUUAGUUUAGAACUUUCUGUCCAAAAAUUAAAACAAAAACAAUAAAAAACAAAGAAGAACACUUUAGUCAACGAUAAUAUUUAUAAAUCUAAUGGCGAACAUUGUUAUUAGUAUGUUUUUUUUCUGACAGAGGACAUUGAAAAACCAAAAAGUUCUCCGAAGACUAAUUUAGUAGAAAAGAUUAAUAUAAUCAUUUGCUUGUGCUAAAUCAAGAACAAGUAAUAACAUUAUUGAUUUUAGUUAUUAUUCUGAUAAUAUUUCUUACUAAAGUGUUUUACAAUAAAGCCAAACUUCUUCUUUUU